UAGAUUUGAAGUCAACAGCAGAAAGACCACGGGUCAACAUCUCCGUCCUGUUGCUCGGUCGACCUCAUCUCUAUCCGGAGAUCCAAAAAGUUGGUAAAAGUCUCAGGACGGCCACAAUUGAUGUUGAUCGCCAAAAGACCAAGGAGACUCUGACGGCAUUCAUCCGGGAAGGCGUUGAGCAUCUCAAUGUCAGCACAUGGCCGCAGUUCCAGCAGCACGCGAUACAGACAAUAGAGAAGAAAGCAGGUGGCAUGUUCCUAUGGGUAAAACUCAUGUUCAAUGCGCUUAGACAACAGGAGACCUUGGAGGAAGCGUACGAAUGCCUCGAAAAGGCUCCAUUCGGGAAGGAUUCCAACGACAUGAUAGGCAGCCUCUUGGAGACUCUUUUGAAGGCAUCGGGCAAGAAGGGCAAGGACGACCUGACGCAAAUACUGACGUGGCUUUCUGGUGCUGCAAGGCCUUUGACGCUUGCCGAGAUUGAAGCUGUUACGAAUUUGAAGGCGCCAAGUGUGGAUACGCUUGUCCCUCUGGAAGAAACUCUGCGGGAGAAGUGCGCUUCGCUGUUCACGCUUUUCAGAGAUGAUGGACUCUCAACCCACAUGUUGCAAGCCCGCCCUCGCGGGUCAGGCUCCACUCGUUAUGGUUCAAUUCCGGAAGCAACGACUGUGGUGUUCGCGCAUGCUGCGAUCAAAGAGUACUUCCAGACUCGGCUUCAAUCCUCGGAAGAGACCCGGUCUUCGCACAUUCGAGCCAUGGCAGCGAGACCACACAUACUUAUGUUGAAAGCUUGCCUUGGGGUCUUCGUCUAUUCAACUUCGGGGACACGGCUUGCGGCGGCGAAUGCGCUUAGGAAGUAUGCCAUGGAACAUUGGUUCUAUCAUCUUCAGCACUCUUGCAUCCCCCCGGAAAACAUUGGAGACCCCGAACGCAUCCAGAUGGUCGAUCUUUUGGCUCAAUUCUUGAAAGAGGAGGACGUACUCCGCCGGUGGUGUCAGUACACCGAAUGGUCCUUCUAUUCCCCGAGCGUCAUCGACUCGAUCGGCCAAUGGGUGGAAGCAUGGAGCGCAGGCCCUGACGUGUUCGGAGGGCUCGCUCCAAAUACCAAAGCUUGGGUAACCCUUUCCCGAGCUAGAUCACCGGCGUUGUUAGAGCCCGUUGCCAGAGUUAACGGCCGAGAGGGGCUUCUUAAAAAUUCGUGGCAUGCUCGUUCCGCGUUAUCCGUCAUUGCGCAAAUCAAACGCCUGAUGGACAAUGGAGGCAAAGGCCAUCCCUUGGAGUCACUUCCGCCGGGUAACCUUGCUGAAGUCGCAAGAUGGGCAGUCCCAAAACAGACCUCGAUGUGGCAUUACAAUCUUGCUUCAUGUUUGAUGGAACUAGGGCAUUCCGAGCCAGCUAUUCAACACUUCGAAAUGGCCCUCCGAAUUGACCGUUCUUGCAUCGAGGCGCGGAGUGGACUUGCACACUUACACAAGAAGGAUGGGAGAUUUGCGAAGAGCAUCGAACUAGAAAAGGAGAACGCAGGAACCAUCCUCCAUCGGUUGGGGUCCUCGGACCCUAAGGACAAGAUCAAAAUGCUUAGCCAGCUUGCAAGCUCAUACGAAGCUAUUGCGGGAAACUACGAGAAACUUGAAGAACCUGCUCAGACUCUUGAGCACUGGGCAGAAGCAGCGAACACGAAGGAGAUCUCCAUACAAGGCACUGUGCAGUAUGUUUCUUGUCUUGCCGAACAUGCUGGAGAGACGGCUUGGAAAGAUAUCAUUCAGCUUUUACAAAUGCUCGAGUCAAAGCAUGAAGACGGCUUCCGAAAUCGAUUGAGCAAAAUCAUCCUCGAGCUAGCCUGGGGCGCGAACCUGUCUGCAGAGUUCUUUGACCAUGUGUCCGAAGCGGCGAAGAAAACCUCCGAAAGCAAGUGGCUUCAAGAAGCAUACAAAGCUUCCAUCAUGGAUUCCCAGAGUCACGUCACUGCGCUAUCCUUAAAGGUCCGACUUGCGAAGCUUUCUAGAACGGCAUCUCUUCAGCCAAUGGAGAAUGAGAUCCUCAUUGAAGAGCUCGUCGAGUUUGCAACGCUACACCCUCACUCCGACACGCCGCAGCUUCUUGGAUGUAAAAGCGAUCUUGCGAAGGAUUAUUUCCGCAUCUGUGUUCGAAAGGCAAGUGAAGCCGGCUUUACCUCGCCAGAUGCAGAUCGGUACCUGAAAAAGGUCUCAGACCUUUGCAAUUGCGGCAUUUAUCCAUACGAAGCGGACGAAAAAGUGCUGUACGGGGAGAGAAGCUUCCUCUAUCUCGCUCUGCUCCAACACCAAAAUAACAACAGCGCGGCUGCCACAAGGACCCUGCAACCGUACCUAGAGGCGUGCCAGCACAUUAUUCUGCAACCAGUUUGCGAAGACAUAGUGCUACGAGCCAGCACGAGGAUGCUCUUUGCUCUAGACAAGAUGCGUGACGCGGCUACUUUUUUGAAGUACGUGCAUUCCCGAAAAGCAUGGCUUUGCGAGAACUGCUGGGAAUAUGUUCCCAGAAAUAGGCAAGUAGCUAUGUGUCGAUACUGUUUCAUAUGUCUCUGCGAAACUUGCUUCCAGAACCAAGGGCAUUCCUUAAAAUGGACAGGUUGCUUACCAAGACAUCGGCUUCUUGAGUUUCCUGCGAUCAAGCAUUCCGCUUCUCCGAAGGCGACCUUCAAGUUCAGAGGCAAGCGCAUGACACCAAGGCAAGCCAUCGAGGUUCUCAAGAACGAAUGGACUGCUAGCUAG